ACUCCUACACAGUGCGGUUCUAUGACGGUGUGGUUCUGACUGUGAAGCCCACGAAGGUGAAACCUUUCCAGGAAAAGUCCAGAUCUGAGAAGAGUGCGGUGGGAAGCGAGGGAUGGGAGGAAGGAGAGAGCGAGGAGGAGGAGGAGGAGGAGGAAGGGGAGAGCGAGGAGGAGGAGGAGGAAGGUGGAGAGAGAGAGGAAGAAGAGGAAGAAGAGGAGGAGGAGGAGGAAGGGGAGGAGAAGGUGACAUCAGGGAAGAAGGAAGGAGCUGAGGAAGGGGACGAGGAGAGGAAGAUGAAGGCAGAACCUUCAUCCUCCCAUCCACCAGCGAAGAAGAAAACAGACAGUAGAAGCAGUGGAGCUCAGAAUCAGCCAAUCAAAGCUGAGUGCACCCAACCAGACCCCCCUAAACCCGCCCACAUGGACAGAGGUAAACAUCAGCUGCGUCAUUAACGCAGUGGUUCUCAAACUUUUUUUGUCACGCCCCACUUUGGAGGAAGAAAAAUGUUCAUGCCCCAC